AUGCCUGUUGUUAUGCCAACACCUGCAGAGAUUGCUGAAGCGGAAACAGUUCUUGACAAAGAGUUCAAGGAGUUCAAGAAGGCAAUGGAGACUGCUAGGAGACAGAAGAAGAUUGCAAAUCGUCUGAAGAAGCUUCGCUUGCGCCUCAAAGACCUGACCAUCCCCGCGAAGGUCUACAAAGCCGGAGUCAUCAAAAACCAGGAGCACAAGCUCACCAACCUCCCACACGAAGUCAGGGCGAUGAUCUUCAAAGCGCUGCCGUUGAAUGCAGACCGUGCCUCUUUAGCCCUCACCUGCAAGACGCAGGCCGCAUCGUACGAGCAAUUGAGAGCAGAGAGGAAUAAGAAGGACUAUGACCAUCAUGUCCCCAAGCGUUCCCUGCGAAUCCAUCGUCUGCAAAUGCUUGUCCGCGUUCGUGAGACGAUGUCGCCGAAACAUCGCCUUUGCUAUACGUGCCUCCAAUUUAUCGACACUCACCACGCGGACAACAAAGGGACGUGGGGAGGGGAUCCCAUGCAAGUGCAAGGUCUCAAAGCGGACAAGGCUGCCAUGGUAGAAGGGCCUCGCUGCCCGCUGUGCGUCGCUGCCGAGAAAUUGGAAACUGCGAAGCAUAAGGUUACGUACAAAAAGUACCUGGCCCUGGCAGACAGCUGCUCUUUGAAGAAGUGA